AUGGUAUUGAGAUCCCUAGAUGCAAACCGACCUGCCGUUUCCAACUACAGAAUGAAGUUUAGUCUAGCACACCAAGCAGGGGGACAUUCCUCAUGUGUCAUCCGAGCUCGGCCACAGAGGAGGAUUGCCAUGACUGCUAUUCGUCCCUUCUUUACAAGCUUGAUGUAUUUCCCCUUAGGCCGCUAUAGGUUCAUGCAACGGGCGGUGCUCUCGAGUGAUGAGGCCAUCAUCGAGGCAAGGCUUUGCUAUCGACUAACAGACUGGAAGCAUGCCCACCAUCCCAGUAACCCCACGCUUCCGGGAGCCAGUAAUAGUCCUCAAGUGGUGUCAUGGCUGAGUUCUGAUAGCGGGCUUGCAAGGGUUUGA